AUGUCUGCCGGUUUGCCUCAAGUUGCUACUCCUACUACCGUUCACUGUGAUCACUUGAUCCAAGCUCAAGUUGGAGGUCCUCAAGAUUUGGCCCGUGCCAUUGAUAUUAACAAGGAGGUUUACGACUUCUUGCAAACUGCUACUGCUAAGUACAACAUUGGAUUCUGGGGCCCUGGUUCUGGUAUUAUCCACCAAAUCGUUCUUGAGAACUAUGCUUUCCCUGGUGCUCUUAUGAUCGGUACUGAUUCCCACACCCCUAAUGCCGGUGGUUUGGGUAUGUUGGCUAUUGGUGUCGGUGGUGCUGAUGCCGUCGAUGUCAUGGCCGAUUUGCCAUGGGAGUUGAAGGCUCCUAAGAUUAUCGGUGUUAAGUUGACCGGUAAGCUCAAUGGCUGGACUUCUCCUAAGGAUGUUAUUCUUAAGGUUGCUGGUAUCUUGACCGUCAAGGGUGGUACUGGUGCCAUUGUCGAGUACUUUGGUGAGGGUGUCGAGGCUCUUUCUUGUACUGGUAUGGGUACUAUCUGUAACAUGGGUGCCGAAAUCGGUGCUACCACCUCUGUUUUCCCUUUCAAUGAGCGUAUGGUUCAAUACUUGUCGGCCACUUCUAGAGCCAACAUUGGUCAAUUCGCCAAGCUUUACCCCGACUUCUUGUCUGCCGAUGAGGGUGCUGAGUACGACCAAUUGAUCGAGAUUGAUCUUAACACUCUUGAGCCCCAUGUUAACGGUCCUUUCACUCCUGAUUUGGCCACUCCUAUCUCCAAGUUGAAGGACGUUGCUGUUGAGAACGGCUGGCCUACCGAGGUCAAGGUCGGUCUUAUUGGAUCUUGUACCAACUCUUCUUACGAGGAUAUGGACCGAUCUGCCAACAUUGCCCGUGAUGCCAUGGCCCACGGUCUUAAGUCCAAGGCUAUCUACACCGUUACUCCUGGUUCCGAGCAAAUCCGCGCCACUAUUGAGCGUGACGGACAAUUGCAAACCUUCCUUGACUUUGGCGGUCUUGUUCUUGCCAAUGCCUGUGGUCCUUGUAUCGGACAAUGGGACCGUCGUGACAUUAAGAAGGGUGAUAAGAACACUAUUGUGUCUUCUUACAACAGAAACUUCACUGGUCGUAACGAUUCUAACCCCGCUACCCACGCUUUCGUCACUUCUCCCGACUUGGUUACCGCAUUUGCCAUUGCUGGUGACCUCCGAUUCAACCCUAUUACCGAUACCUUGAAGGACAAGGACGGUAAUGAGUUCAAGUUGAAGGCUCCUUAUGGAGAUUCUCUUCCUACUAAGGGUUAUGAUGCUGGUAAGGAUACUUACCAAGCUCCUCCUGCCGACAGAUCCAAGGUUGUUGUGGCUGUUUCGCCCACUUCCGACCGUCUUCAAUUGUUGCAACCUUUCAAGCCUUGGGACGGUAAGGACGGUAAGGACCUUCCUAUUCUUAUCAAGUCUCUUGGUAAGACCACCACAGAUCACAUUUCCCAAGCUGGACCUUGGCUUAAGUACCGUGGUCACUUGCAAAACAUUUCUAAUAACUACAUGAUUGGUGCUAUUAACGCCGAGAACGGUGAGGCCAACAACAUUAAGAACGUUUACAACGGCAAGUGGGGCGGUGUUCCUGAGACCGCCAUUGCCUACCGUGACCAAGGUAUCAAGUGGGUUGUCAUUGGAGGAGAGAACUUCGGUGAGGGUUCGUCCAGAGAGCACGCUGCUCUUGAGCCCAGAUACUUGGGAGGAUUCGCCAUUAUCACCAAGUCGUUUGCCCGUAUCCACGAGACCAACUUGAAGAAGCAAGGUUUGUUGCCCCUUAACUUUGUCGAGGCCGAUGCCUAUGACAAGAUCCAACCCGACGACAAGGUCGACAUUCUCGGACUGACCGAGUUGGCUCCCGGCAAGAACGUGACUCUUGUUGUCAAGCCCAAGAACGGCGAGGCCUGGGAGACCCCUCUGUCGCACACCUACAACGCCGAGCAAAUCGAGUGGUUCAAGUACGGCUCGGCCCUCAACAAGAUGGCUGCUGCCAAGAAAUAA